AAUAAAUAAAAAAAAUAUAAAAUGAGUAUUUUUACACCUGUAAAUAAUAAAACUUUAACCAAUAUAGCUAUUGUAAGAUUCAAAAAAGGUGCUGCUAGAUUCGAGAUUGCAUGCUAUCCUUCAAAAGUUCAAUCAUACAGAAAUAAAAUCGAAAAAGAUUUAAAUGAAGUUAUUCAAAUCCACAGAAUUUUUACAAAUGUUUCAAAAGGUGUUAUAGCUAAAAAGGAUGAAUUAAUGAAGGCAUUUGGUACAGAUAAUGAAUCAGAAAUUAUAUUGUUAAUUUUAGAAAAAGGUGAACUUCAAGUAUCGUCAAAAGAAAGAGAUAAUCAAUCAGAGCAAACAUUUAAAGAUAUUGCAACUAUCGUGGCAGAGAAAUGUGUAAAUACAGAAACCCAACGUCCAAUUCCAGUAUCCAUUAUCGAAAAAGCAAUGAGAGAUGUUCACUAUUCAAUUCAUCCAACUAAAUCAUCAAAACAACAAUCAUUAGAGGUCAUUAAACAAAUUAGUACAGUCAUUCCAAUUCAAAGAGCUCAAAUGAGAUUAAAUAUUACUGUACCACCAAAAGAAGCCAAAUCAUUAAAUCGUGAUAAAUUAAUGGUUUUAAUUUCAAAAAUUGAAGAAGAAGAUCACGACGAAGGUCUCUCUAUUGUUUGUUUAGUAGAUCCAGGUUCAUUCAGAAAAAUAGACGAAUUUGUCAAACAAGAAACUAAAGGAAAAGGUUUUAUUGAGAUUAUGAAUUUAGCAGUUGCCAAAGAAGGUGAAACCAAAAUUUCCUCGAUUGAUUCAGCCAAACCAUCAUCAAAAGAUUCAAAACAAACCACUACAACAACAACUUCAUCCUCAAAAUAAACUAAUAUAAUUAUAGCAUUAUCUCCAAUUUCAUAAAAUUUAAAAAAUUUUAAAUUCACUUC